GCAGCAUCAUCGAACCCAUGUUACUUUUUUAUAUUACUGACGACCGAUGUUCACCUGAGUUUUAAUCAGUUAUGUCAAAGAAAUCAGUUAAAACGAACAGUCUGCUCAAUCUAGCGGACUUUAGUUUUUUAGAACUAAAAGCUGAACUUAAUAGCAUUCUAAAGGUCAAAAGCCGUGAAAAGCUAAAUUUGGUCGAGAACGAGCCCGACUUCUGGAAAUUUGUAAAGAAAUAUGAGUGCAUGUUGCGCAGUAUGGGCCAGACAGUGCUUCCACAAGUGUUGCCGGAGCUAGAGCUUGUAAGACCACAGCCAUAUCACAUUAGCAAGCACCUGGCUAUUCAUCUGAAUGAGCGUGCCUUACACAAAGAACAAGAUAACAUUAGCGAGGUGCAAUCGCAAUUCCAGCAGCUACUGGUCAUCUACCUAGACUUCACACAAAAAGAGAAGUUUAAACGUAUUAAAAAACUGCGCCAUGCUCAGAGAAAUUUACCGAUUGCCCGAUUCAAGGCUGAUUUGCAUGCGGCAAUGGGUUCGUCCCGUGUGGUCAUUAUCGCCGGCGACACGGGAUGCGGAAAGUCCACACAAGUUCCGCAGUUCCUCUUUGAUUUUGGUUAUCGCAGCAUAGUGUGUACUCAACCGCGACGCUUGGCAUGCGUGUCGCUGUCGAAGCGAGUGGCCCAGGAGCUGCUGGAAGAGUUUGGCAGUAAGGUGGGAUUCCAGAUUCGGUUCGAGCGAAGGAAAACUAAGCAAACGAACAUACUGUUCAUCACGGAAGGUCUGUUACUUCGCCAACUAGCGAUUUCUUCUAAUCUAGAUGACUAUGACGUCCUCAUUCUGGACGAGAUACACGAGCGGAAUCUCUUUGGAGACUUCCUGCUAGGUGUGAGCAAAUGUCUGCUGCGAAGCAAGCCACAGAUAAAACUAAUCCUUAUGUCGGCCACCAUCAAUGUGGAACUGUUCCAAUGUUACUUUAAAGAGGAGGGGGCUCUGUUGGUGCAGGUGCCGGGACGGGUGUUUCCCAUAAAACUGCGCUACAUUCCCCCCCCAACGAUGGAGUUAAAAGCCGGCCAAGCCACGGCGAGGUCUAAUCGUUCGCAGGGAACGCGCAUCGACCCAGCUCCAUUCGUGCAAGUUCUUAACCUGAUUGACCAGCAAUAUCCCUCCACCGAGCGCGGUGAUGUGCUCAUCUUUGUAAGCGGCGUUAGCGAGAUCGACACCAUCUGCGAGGCCAUCCAGGAGUACGCGACCCAGCAAAGGCACUGGAUCGUUCUGCCACUUCACAGUGGACUGGCACUAACCGAGCAAGACAAGGUUUUCGAUUAUGCACCCGAAGGCUCGCGCAAGUGCAUAGUAUCCACGAAUAUUUCCGAAACUUCGCUUACUGUGGACGGUGUGCGGUUUGUAGUCGAUUCGGGAAAGGUCAAAGAGAUGAGCUAUGAUGCAGCGUGUAAGGGACAACGCCUUAAGGAGUUCUGGGUUUCCAAAUCAUCGGCGGAACAGCGUAAAGGUCGCGCAGGUCGCACAGGACCAGGAUUCUGUUUUCGCCUCUACUCACAGCAGCAAUUUGAUGCGUUCGAGCCGUAUCCUGCUCCAGAAAUCUACCGCGUCCCUUUGGACACAAUGUUGUUGCAAAUGGUAACCAUGGGACUGCCCGACGUCAGGGCCUUCCCCUUCAUUGAGCCUCCAGAGCCAGAGCUCAUCGAACAUACCAUUCUAUCACUAAAGCAGCAAGGCGCCAUUAGCGUUGAGGAAAAGAUCACCCCAUUAGGCAGCUCAUUGAGUAACCUGCCAGUGGAACUAUCCAUUGGCAAAAUGCUGCUAAUGGGCUGCGUGUUCCCAGAGGUGGAUCAGCUGUUGACACUUGCCGCCAUGCUUAGCGUGCAAAAUCCGCUUACCAGUCGUGCGUACACGAACCCGCGCUGCGAACGGGAGCGUCAGCCUCUGGAAUCCUCGCAGGGAGAUCUCUUCACUCUGAUGAGUGCCUACCGUGAGUGGCUGAAAUUGAAAAUAGCCCGGGAAAAUACCAGGAAAUGGUGCCAUCGUCUAGGCAUUGAGGAGCAACGUUUCUAUGAGGUCAGCAAGUUGCGCCAGCAAUUUCAGCGUAUCUUGGACGGCAGUGGCAUGGCUCCUCCCAGCACUUCUGGUCCGCUGACUAGUGCCGAAAGAGCCAGACGGCACGGUGAAGUUCGCCAACUAAAGACUCUCAAGCGGCGCCAGCGCUUUGAGCAGCCCCGACACCCCAAACUACUCAAGAAUCAGCAUAAGGGCAUGGAGCAGCAUGGAGGGCAGUACAACGAGCUGGAUGAGAGCUGCGAGGACAUGCGCGACGUGGACUUUCGCUUGCGUCACGAUGCCCGCCAGCUCGCCCUACUUCAGCGCUCGUCAUGUCUAGACCGCAACAAGGACGUGAUUUUUCUGAAGCUGCUACUGGUAAGCGGUUUCUACCCCCAACUGGCCAUCGGUGAUGAGUUCAACUACUGCAAGGGAGGGGGGAAACAGUUCUUUCACACCCGACUGAAACCAUUCCUCUCUCUGCAUCCGAACUCCCACUUCGCCAAGUACUACGAUUGCCUUAAGCUCGCCGAAAGUGACCUAAUAUCAAAGCCGGACUACUACACGCCCAAGCAUCCUCUCAGUGAGCGCCAUCAACUGCUGUGCUAUCAGUCACUACUUGAGACUGCGAAGCCAUACCUGAUGAACUGCAUUCGUUUGCCAGUGGCCCAAACACUUCUCCUAUUUGGCUAUGCGAUCGAUACGAACGAAGGCUUGACACAGAUGGUCUUCGACGAGUGGGUCUGCCUGGAUUUCCCUGUUCCUGGCAGCGGAAUGAAGCUGCUGUGUCGAGCAAUCAAACUUCGACGCCUUUGGAGCAGGCUGCUAUAUAACAAGCUUCAUGAGCUCAACAAAAGCGACACAGCUCCAGCUAUUACUGAAAAAAACGUCACGCUUUGGCACGAGCUUAUCGACUUCAUGGGGCUGAAUGUGCCGUACGCCGUGAGUCGACUGCUGCCAGCUGAUCGCAAGAGGAUUUACACACACCAAUAUCCAAAAACACUACUUGAAGAGCUAAAGGAAAAUCCCUUUGCCAUCGAAUAUCCCCUUAGUCCCAACAUGUCAAAGGGCGGCAUCAACGUCUCUGAACACGUCGUAUACGGUUGUCUGGCGGGCCAGCCGUGGACACUGGCUAUGCAAGCUGCCCUCCAGGAACAAGCCUGGCAAUGCCAAAAAUGUGACUUUAGGUUACAAAAUGUUGAUGUGCUCAAACAGCUGUUGCAUCGUCUACAGUGUGAGGAGGUACCGAGACGUCUUAAGCCUGCCGGCUCAGUACAGGUACAGCAGUUAUCCACAGCUCACAUUGCGUCUAACGCUGGGCACUACUUUUGUAGGAGUUGCAAACGCCAUUUGCCUAUUUUCCCAAUCGACAUUUUACGACAUAGACGGCAGUGUGUCAAAUACGAAAAAUAAUGUCGCAGCUUUUAAGCAUAACGCUAGUUUAUGGUUGACUCGUCAGCCUGGACGUCAUCUACAUUACAACUACAACUAAAACUACAACCACAUUAUUUUAAUUAUACGCCAAUAUGAUUCGUAGUUUAAAAAAACUGAAUUUAAACCUCUGCCGCAUGGGGAAAAAGUUCCAAAGUCAAAAUAUACAGGUUAACG